UAAAUAAUAAUUUGAAACCAAUUCUACUUCUUCGUUUUCUGACCUAAUUCUUCUCACUUUCAUUCAAUCUCUCUGUCCAAACGAUGAAGCAUUCCAAUGGAAAACACGAACAUAACAAUCGCUCCAAAUCGAAAUUCAUGAACAACAAUAAACACAAUAAUAUUAAACGGUUGGGAGGGAAGGGCCUUUCGCUUGAGGCAUUCGCGAAUGCUAAAUCAACUACCGAUUACUAUAAUCCAGCUUUGAUAAAAAAGCAAAGAGAGUUCUAUAAGAAUGCUAAACAUGUCAACAAGUAUAAGAAGUUAGUAAAGCAUCAGAAUCAACCGAAUGAGAGGCCUUCUAGCUCUACUGUUACCCUUGUCGAGGGUGAAAAUGAAACCAAAUUCGAGAAUCAGACGAACGAUAGAUGUGGGAAAGAAAGGAAUAAAGGUGUACCUAGUCUUCAGGCACUGUAUGAGAGAAAACAUGAAGAGAAAGAGAAAGCAAGAAUGGAGAAAGAAGCCAUUAUCGCUGCAAAAAAGGAAGAACGAGAAAGGGCUAAGGCUAGACGAAACUCCACAAGAGAAAAAAUGUUCAAAAGGACACAAAAAGGUCAGCCAGUUAUGAAGUACAGAAUUGAGCAUCUUUUGGAAACUAUUGGAGCCUCAACGAACCACUAAGGCCUUUUGUUGUUUUCACUGAAUUUUGUAGAACUUUUUGUCCCUUUAGGAAAUGUAUAUUAUAUUCUCGUGUACCUUUUAGUUUGCUUCAUUAUACAAUCAAAUUAUUCCAGUGUAUUACAAUUUUUAGUCUAAUCUAAAUCAUCCAUUUGCUUAAUAUAAUCAUAUUGCCGUCCA